AUGUCAUCGAUACCAUGCCAUUCAUUGCUGUACACGUGGGUGAGCGCCGGACAGUACGGCACCGGUAGUCGAAGGGAUCAGUACCUGAAUGCGUGUCGUGCGGCGUGUCUUGAGGCCAUCAAAUAUCUGAACGAUAAGUGUUCGGCAAUCGAUGGUGUGAUUCACGCCAUCACUAGUCUCGAGGACAAUGACGUGACAAACGCGGGCUUAGGAUCUAAUCUCAAUCUGAAUGGAUGUGUUGAAUGUGACGCCAGUCUAAUGGACGGCCGUUCCCUCGAUUGGGGGGCUGUCGGCGCUCUUCAGGGCAUUAAGAAUCCCAUAAAAGCUGCCGAAUGU